GUCCAUAGUUUAUUAUAGAAGUAACCGAUUUAAAACAAGGAGAGUAUGUUUACUGUUAACAUAUUAUGUAGGCACAAUCCAAUAUCAGCUUCGUAAUUAUUCAGUGUAGUAUUAGAACAUGUCCUCAUUUCCCAAAAUCGAAGCAUAAAUGAGAUCCGGUCGGCGUCCUGAAGUAGCAAGAAGAAGUUGAUGGCGUCCGGUUAGAAUGCCGGAGCAUUUAUCAGUUUCAUUUUUACUUGUUUUCUGACCUGUAGAUUAAAGUUGAAACAAUCCAGCACAGAAGUUGCGGGCGGGAUGGACUCUGAGGAGAAUGCCGUGGAGAGCAGCAGCGAUGCGGGCCCUUCUGGUCUGGAGGAGCCCUCUGAGAGCGGAAUGGGCAUGGAGACAUCGGAGGCCAUGUCAGCCGACAGCAGCGACACCGUGGCUGUGCACGCCCUCACACCCGAGUCCGACUCUCACGUGGGACAGAGCUCCGAGGGGCUCGUGGAGCUGAUUCCGGAGACCAGCUCCAGCACGGAUGUCCGAGGGAUGGCCCACCUCCCCGACUCGUCCUCCGUCGCUCAGUCGACCAGCGUGUCGAGCGUUUCCACGGUGACGCAGUCCAUCCUGGUGUCGGAGUCCGCUCAGGUGCUGGUGCACUCCAGCAUGGUGUCGGACGGGGGGGUGAUCGUGUCGGACUCCACCGCGUCCACGUCCUCAGACCUGGGCUCGGCCAUCGAUAAGAUCAUCGAGUCCACCAUCGGGCCUGACAUUAUGAAUGGCUGUAUUGCAGUGACCAGUGCUGAGGACGGGGGAGCUGAGACCACCCAGUAUCUGAUAUUGCAGGGGCCUGAUGAUGGUGCCCCCAUGGUGUCGCGGAUGUCCUCCUCUGCCUUGUCCAGCCGCAUCACCAUCGAGGCCCUGGGGGAGGGCCCCACGUCCACCUGCCUGGAGCAGUCCGACCUGGGGGAGCGGCGGGGGAGCCUGCCCGACCGCGAGGCCAUGGACCCCGAUCAGCCCGACCAGCCGGGGCACUCGGGGUACGUGGCGUGCAGCGCCGACAACUCGGGCCAGCACCCCACGCACGGGUACAGCGAAUGCGCCGGGGGCGAGGACUCCAACCAAUCGCAGCACUCCCAGUAUGCCGAGUGCAGCGCCGGCCACUCUGACUACCUGGACUGCUCCAUGGAGCGGCCAGACCAGGCCGAGCACUCCCGCUACAUCGACUGCAGCGCGGAUAACUCGGACCAGGCCCAGCAAUACAGAGAGUGUGUGGCAGGCGGGUCGGAUGAUCCUGAACACUCCCGCUACAUCGACUGCAGCGCGGAUAACUCGGAUCAGGCCCAGCAAUACAGAGAGUGUGUGGCAGGCGGGUCGGAUGACCCUGAACACUCCCGCUACAUCGACUGCAGCGCGGAUAACUCAGACCAGGCCCAGCAAUACAGAGAGUGUGUGGCAGGCGGGUCGGAUGACCCUGAACACUCCCGCUACAUCGACUGCAGUGCGGAUAACUCGGACCAGGCUCAGCAGUACAGAGACUGUGUGACAGAUGGUCCGGACCAGCCACAGCACUCCCGCUACAUGGACUGCUGCCAGGACGCCCCUGACCAGACGCAGAACUCGCACGACCGGGACGAGGCCUGCUGCUACAUGGACUGCGGCGUCCCCCAGGGCUCCAUCUACGGGGAGGGCCGGUCUCUGGACUGCCCUGACCAGCCCCAGCACUCCCAUUACGGCGACUACGCUCCGGACCAGCAGGGCCAGUACAUCGGCAGCACGGGCGAGUACGCUCCGCCCCCCGAGAGGGAGGCCGUGCCGCACCAGGACCCCCACGGCCGGCCGGGGGGAGAGGAGGGGCCCUCGGAGGGCCCGGCACGUGCCGAGGCCCAGGGCAGCGGGGAGGCGGAGGGCUCCGGGCUCCCUAGCGGGAUCCGGGACCGGCCCCCGAACCUGGAGGAGCUGGAGGAGAUGAUGGAGGUGGUGGUAGUGCAGCAGUUCAAGUGCAAGAUGUGCCCCUACAAGAGCAUCUCCAAAGACACCCUGAUCAAUCACAUGAGAGACAAACACUUUCGGCACACAGGUGCCCCGCCUCCAAAGAAACGGGGCCGGGGGCGCCCGCGGCGGUGUGAUUCGGCUGCCCCCCAGAAGGCCGAGGUGAAGACGGAGGAGCCUGGGGAGGAAGAGGAGGAUGACAUCAUCGACGCCGGCGCCAUUGAUGAUCCAGCAGAUGACAGCGAUUAUAAUCCAGCUGAUGAAGACUCCUGGGGUCGUCCCCCUUCCCUCGUCCGCAGCGUGCCUUCCUCCUCCUCCUCCUCCUGCACCGUGGAGCGGCCUCGACGCAGGGUGGUCCGCCCCAGGAAGUUCCCCUACACCGCGGGGGCUCGCGCACGCAGCCGGGAAAUGGCUGAAGUGGAGGCGUCGGAGGGGAAUAAGAGUUCGGAUGCCCAGGUCCCAGAGGAGGCCAGCUCCUCUGGAUUGGACAAUGGGCCUGCGUCCUCUGCGAAUGAAAAUGGAGCUGAGCCGGGUGUCAGCCAAUCAGAUUCAGAGAACAAGGACCCUUCCUCAAACACAGGGCCCGAGGAGGUCGAGUUUUACCCCAGGAAACGGGGGCGGCCGUCCAAGCGCUUUCUCCGCAAGAAGUACAAAAAGUACAUGAACCGCAACAGGUAUUAUAAGUCGCUGAAGCCACUGUUGAGGCCCCAUAACUGCCGGAUCUGUGGCUCGCGCUUCCUGUCUCAGGACGACCUGCGCUUCCACGUGGACUCGCACGAGGGGAACGACCCCGAGCGCUUCAAGUGCCUGCAGUGCAGCUACCGCUGCAAGCGCUGGUCAUCGCUCAAGGAGCACAUGUUCAACCACGAGGGAACCAAGCCAUACAAGUGUGAGGAGUGUGACUACAGCAGUGUGUACAGGAAGGACGUUGUUCGCCACUCUGCCAUACACAACAAAGACAAAAAAAAGAAAGCAGACAUGUUUUUCCCUGGCGCCUCGCAGGUCCCCAGGAACACGCAGUUCCCCUGCCCCGUCUGCAACAGGGUCUACCCCAUGCAGAAACGCCUGACGCAGCACAUGAAGACCCACAGCACCGAGAAACCACACAUGUGUGACAAGUGUGGGAAGUCCUUCAAGAAACGUUACACCUUCAAAAUGCAUCUUCUCACUCACAUCCAGAGCUAUGGAAACAGGUUCAAGUGCGAGUUCUGCGAGUACACCUGCGACAACAAGAAGCUCCUGCUCAACCACCAGCUCUCUCACACCACGGACAAGCCCUUUAAGUGUGACUACUGCAAGUACUCCACCACCAAGGAGGACUUCCUGGUGUCCCACAUGGCCAUCAAGCACACUGGAGAGAAGCCCUUCUCCUGCGACUUCUGCCACUUCAUGACCAAGCACAAGAAGAACCUGCGCCUGCACGUGCAGUGCCGCCACCUGGAGGCGUUCGACGGCUGGUGCCGCACGCACCCCGAGGAGCCGGCCCGGCGCCGCCGGCCCUUCUUCACCCUGCAGCAGAUCGAGGAGCUGAAGCAGCAGCACGACCACACCCAGGGCCUGCAGGACACGCUGCGCGGGCCCAUCGUGUCAGUUGACCCCCUCGAGCUCCAGGCGAUCCAGACCAUAGAGAAUGCAACAGUUUCCCCAGAAUCACUGGGGAAUGCCACCAUUAUCUAUGAACACGAUGCCUCUGACCUGUCGGCCCAGAAUGCUCUGGACCUCCUCCUGAACAUGAGUAACCCACGGGAGCUGGUGGGGAACUCCCUGCAGGUGGCCGUGCUGAAGUCGGAGGGAGAGGCUCUGGAGGAGGCCAUGGGGGAGGCAGGCGUCGUGGGAAAGACCCAGAAAGUGGUGGCCUUCCACGUGUCAGAGAACGGAGAAGCCCUGGUGAGGGAGGCCUUUGAGUCCGGAGCAGUGGAGGCCGGGGGAGAUAUCACCCAGAUCGCCAUCAAUGCCUACCAGGCCGCGGCGGACUUCAGUGUAGUGGAGCAGGUUGGAGAGGAGAUCCACAGCACCGCCACCGUCUACAGCAGUGCGGAGGCAGACGGCGGGGACUCCCAGUCCGUGGUGGUGAGCAGUGGCUCUCUCUCCGGCACCCUGAAAGAGCACCGGGGCAAAUACUACCUGACCUCUGGGAUAGGAGCAGGGGCCGUACAGCAGGUGGAGCUGAGCAGCGAGGACCCUGGGUCUCCCUCCCCCACCACCUCUCCUCAGCAGCUCAGCUCCAAGAGGUUCUCCUGCAGGAUCUGCAUGGAGUCCUUCCACGGCCGCUCUGACAUGGAGAGCCACAAGAGGGCGCACUUGGACCCAAACACCUUCAAGUGCCCUGAUUGUCCGUUCACUGCCUCCUCCUGGCCAGAUGUCAAGACACACAUGGGGAUGCAUGCCUACCUCCGGCCCCAUAAGUGUGGCCACUGCAGCUUUGCCUCCAAGAACAAGAAGGACCUUCGCCGUCACAUGCUGACCCACACCAACGAGAAGCCUUUCGCCUGCGAGGUCUGCGGUCAGAGGUUUAACCGUAACGGCCACCUGAAGUUCCACAUGGAGCGGCUGCACAGCCAGGACCCGCCGUCCCGCAAGCCCCGCCUGGCCGCGCCCCAGCAGGCCAUCAUCGUCAACAGCGACGAGGAGGCGCUGGCCACCCUGCAGACAGCUCUGCAGGCGGGGCAGGCGGUCAUCACCCCCGAGCGGCUCCAGCAGGCCCUGGGCCAGGAGCACAUCAUCGUAGCCCAGGAGCAGAGCCUCUCUGACCAGGAGGAGGCCACAUACAUCCAACAGAUAACCACCGUGGACGGGCAGACUGUUCAGCACCUGGUGACGGCGGAGAACCAAGUGACCGAGGUUCAAUAUAUAAUCUCCCAAGACGGAGUCCAGCACCUCAUCCCGCAAGAGUACGUGGUGGUGUCCGAGGGCAAUCACAUUCAGAUGCAGGAUGGACAGAUAGCGCACAUUCAAUAUGACCAGGAUGGGACGUUCCUACAGGAGCAGCAGAUUGCACUGAGCCACGACGGGCAGAUCCAGUACGUCCCUAUCAGCUCUGAGCAGCAGAUCGUCAGCCAGGAGGACCUGGAGGCAGUUGCACAUUCUGCAGUGACAGCCGUGGCAGACGCCGCCAUAGCCCAGACCCAGACGGUCUACGCCACGGAGGCCACGCCCGAGCAGCUGGAGCAGAUGCAGCAGCAGGGCAUCCAGUACGACGUCAUCACCUUCACAGAGGAGUAGCGACCAUGACCCCACGCCCCUGCCGUAGCACCGUCUGCUCCCUUCCUGAACGGCAGCUGUCAUCAGGACCACCAGGACACGCGGAGAAGCAAGGGAGAAGACCUGUGCUGUGUAUUCUACUUUCUUAAACUUGUUCCCUGAAUGCAGGUUCACACUUAUGGCGUAUGCGCUUGAUGCUUGGAAUUAAAAUUACAAUGGCUUACCUCGAUUUUUUUAAAUCUUUUUUUUUUUGGUGUGGGAACAAUAUGUUUCAUUAUCGGUUGCUACAAUUUAAUUGAAUUCCAAUGGCUCUUCUUCAUUGUGAAAUAUUUUACGUUCAGGUAUUUUGCAGCUUACUGACCACUCCAGACGGGAUAUAGCAAGGCAUCAGAUUGAUUGAGAUGCCAUUGAAAGUGCCGGUGCGCAACAGUGAAGAUGCUCUGUAAUUUUGUUCGGGAUUUGCAAGGCCUCCGUGUUUUUCAGACAUGGCAGUGAUGUCAUACAUUGUGUUUAUUAUUUGUGUGUUUCAAUGUUGUAGGAAAUGCAUCAAAGCCGAAGUGGCACAAGCACACAGGCAACAAAGCCACCAUAAGGCCGAGAUGCAGAUUUGUUACCGUUUUUGUUUUAUGUUAUUUUGAGUUUGUCUCACAGGGGAAUAAGGUACAGACAUCUCCUUGCAUCAUGGAAUGGGUUGGAGUGUUUCUUUGUGCCGCAUUUGUUUUUUGUUUUUUUUUUGUUGUUGUUUUUCUGAGCUGUUGCAGUAAUGCAACUGAGUAGGCUAAAAGCUAAUACCAAAGACUUUAUCUACUUAUUUCAAGGAGACAAAUGAAGUGGUUUUUAUGUAUGUGGAGUAACAGGCCCUGGAAAAUUGCUUAAUAAUGUCACAUAGCUAAUUAUGUUGUUAUCAUAUGAAGGAAAUACAACUCACACAUGCAGUGCCAGUGAUAUCUCUCUACAUCAGAAGUUAUCAAACCUGGCCCUGGAGAGCAGCAGUGAUGGCAGAUUUCUGUCGUUAAGUCUGCCUAGUUUUGUGGUCAGAAUUUAGUUACGGAUUUUAACGGGAGAACCAAAAACCACCCGGCUUCAGAAGCCCUGAUCUCCUACUGUGGGUUUGAGUUUCCUGUGGUAUCAGGAUGUGUGCCUCUGAUCAAUCACUUGUAAGCAAAGUGCAUUAGAUAUUUGAAACUAAGUGCACUGUGCAUUUCACAUUAACAGUUCAAUAAUUGGUUAUAUAGUUUUGUGUUAAGAUCAGCGUCUUGCCCCUUCAUUGGUGGAUUUGAGAAUAUUGUUUAAUAUGUUAAAUGUCCUUGUAAGAUCAUACAAUAUUUUCGGAAAUAAUAGAAGAAAUUGCACUUCGACAGCUAGGCUGUGGAAAAAGUACGUUUUGCAACAGAAGUGUGUUGUGAAUUGAACGGAGACCAUUUUGUUUGUGGAAAGCGACAAUCUUCUAAAUAAUAAUUUGUGCUUCUGCCACCAGUAUGACAUGAAAAUACAUUUGCUUUUCAUGCAUCUGUUCAUUUUCAAAAACAUACAUUGGAGACGUGUACUUUCUUAGGGUCAAUGGAACAUAGCUGGAUAUAGCAGGAAGGCACCUUUGCUAUGUAAAUUAUGUAUAUUGUAAAUUAAAAUGCUAAUCCUUUGAUUGAAUUGUAGUGGGUAGAACUAUAUACGCUGUCAUUUUGUUUUCUUUUUAUUUUGUGAAUAUAAUUUUUCAAAACACUUGAGACUGUGCUGGAGCACUGGUGUGUUCUACACCGGUUUUUGCAGACACUAGAAAUAAAAUGUACGACUGAGUGCGUGUUUUAAUCUGAAA